CCACCACCUGCUCAUAGCCUGUCGCAAUAUUCGCCUGCGCGGAACGGGUCGGGCAACAACUUGAGAUCGGUUGCCAGCGCGCCAUACCCUAUGUACGAAUCACAAACUCCACCACCUGUUUUCGCGUCCAAGGAAAGUGUUGUGGUAUCACCCGUUUCCAAUCCAUUAUCGGCAACCUCUUCAGUUACCAACUUCAAUUUGAAUGCUCCUAUGGACAAUCAGGCGUUCUCCCGGUCGGAAAACAACUUGGUCGCACCUUCCUUUGGCAAAUUUGGUCAUAAUCGUUCAGUUUCUUCUACUUCAUCGUUCUUUUAUGAUAAAUCCAGCGAUAAUGCAUCCAUGAUUGAUUUCAAUCAAAAUGUGAUUCAGCAAUAUUUAGGGGACAAUUCCAGCCACUUGAUGCCUAGAAUCAAAACAAUUGAUUUGUAUCGUAAAAAUGCGAAAAAAUCAAAUGAUCCAGCAGUUUUGUUUCAAUAUGCACAAUAUAUGUUGCAAACUGCCUUGAUUCUAGAUGCUGAAGCUAAUAAUAACGAAGUUUCUACUUCAUCUCAAUCUUCGGGGUCUCAAGGAGCAGAUUCCCCUGUUACCAGAUCCAGUGAAAAUUCACCUAAACGUGGUAAAUCGAAGUCUAUUGACUUGAAUAAUACUUCAAGUAUGGAUAUGGAUUCUGUGAAUGACAAGAGAUUGAAGCGAGCACUUUUAAAAGAGGCUGUUCAUUAUUUAAAGAGAUUAUCCGACAAGGGUUAUGUUGAAGCUCAAUAUUUAUUAGGGGAUGCUUAUAGUUCAGGUGCAUUGGGAAAAAUUGAAAAUAGAGAAGCUUUUGUCUUGUUUCAAUCUGCUGCUAAACAUGGCCAUAUUGAAUCGGCCUAUAGAACAGCAUACUGUUAUGAGGAAGGCUUGGGUACCGGUAGAGAUUCUAGAAAAGCAGUUGAAUAUUUAAAGAUUGCUGCUGCCAAGAAUCAUCCUGCUGCUAUGUACAAAUUGGGUGUUUAUUCAUUCUAUUCCAAGAUGGGAUUACCAAAUAACAUGAAUACUAAAAAAAUGGGGAUUAAAUGGUUAACUAGAGCUGCUGGAUUAGCAAAUGAAUUGAUUGCUGCAGCUCCUUAUGAAUUAGGGAAAUUAUAUUAUGAUGGGUUUGAAGAUAUUGUGAUCCAAGAUAAAAAAUACGCAUUGGAAUUGUAUGCUCAAGCAGCUGCAUUAGGUCAUAUUCAAUCUGCUGCUAUAUUAGGACAGCAUUAUGAAAUUGGUGAUAUCUUGCCACAAGAUUCGAAUUUGAGUAUUCAUUAUUACACUCAAGCUGCUCUUGGUGGUGAUGCCAACUCCAUGUUAGCUAUGUGUGCAUGGUAUCUUGUUGGUAGUGAACCAUAUUUACCAAAACAUGAAUCAGAAGCAUUUGAAUGGGCAAAGCGUGCUGCUUUGUGCAAUUUGCCCAAGGCGCAAUUUGCUCUUGCUAAUUUCUACGAAAAGGGAAUUGGUUGUAUAAAAAAUUCAGAAGAAGCACAAACUUGGUAUAAAAAGGCAGCAGUCAAUGGAGAAGAAAAAGCAUUGGCAAGAAUCUCAGAUCCAGAAAUUGUUCGUAAAAUACAAAAAUACAUGAAGAAGAAACCGGCACAAAUUAAUCCUAUGGAUGGAACAGCUGCAAAAGCCGCUCAAGAGAAAGACUGUGUUAUCAUGUAAGUGGUAUUUCAAAAAUGUGUCUUUCAUUUGCAUAAGCUAUAUAUACUACCCUGCGUGGUAAUCUACAUAUCUCCACAGUGUACCAUAAUGCUGCAACUUCCUGGUUGCAACCGUUUCAAUUAUUACCCUAGUUUUUAAAUUUUAUAAUUUAAUGUUUUUUAAACUUUUUUUUAUUAUUAUUUUUGCUAUUGCUGUAAAAGCUUAUACCUGAAAUCUAUUAAGUUACAAAAGAAAGGAGAUUCUAACAGAAUUGAUAAUAAGGUUGCAACAGCUUUUGGUUCUAUGUGAAAUAAUGUACUUAUGCCGCUGGUUGUGUUUAUUUGCUGGCUUCGGUUUAUUUAUAUAUAUAUAAAAAAA